AUGUCCACAGCCACUACCAGCCACUACUCCCUCGAGGUCAAACGCUUUGCAGGCAUCCAGAAUACAUCCAAGCCGCGCCGGCUAAAAGUGGCAAUCGAAUUUGGUAAACAAUGUAUGGAAACUGGUGAAAUCAAGCCAGAUGGAUCACCUGCAUGGAAUGGCACUCUUACUUUCUCAUUGUCGGACAAAUUCUCCAUUCUCAAAAUUCGUGUCAUCGAAAUAUCUAAAUGGCGCAAUUCUUGCGUUGCUUGUGCGGAUAUGGAACUUUCGUAUCUGCUGAGAAAUCAUGCUGACGGCACAGACCCGUUGAACCUAUUUGCACCACCUGGCUCAAACUCGGCUCCCGCGGGUAGGGUUUACCUGCGCCUCAAGGAAAUAGAUGAGGCAGGCCGUGCCGAGAUUGAUGUCAAGUGUGCAGAACAAGAUAUCGAGCGGAUCGCAUGCUCCGCAAAUGCCGCAGAUCCUGUCGAUGCGGUUGGAUCGGUAGUCGAAGUGGUAGAUAAAAUCGUGGAAUCAAUUGGUGAUAUUGUCGGAGAUAUUCAUCCGUACCUUAAACUGGCGUGGACGGCGGCUACUGCUUUAUACAAGGUUAUUUCCCAUCAAUGGAAGGCCGACAAAAAGCUUGUCGACUUAGUUCAAGCUAUGCAGGGUGCCUAUGAAUUUGCUCGCAUCGCAAGUGACUUACAUGAUAAGGUGUCAUGGCUUAAGGAGUCUAUUGGAGAUAUCCUGAAACAUACUAUUCGGGUUUGCCAUUUCGUGAAAGAAUAUACGGCGCGCAAUUUCAUCGAGAGGAUACUGAAGAUAAACAGCGGCAAAAAAAUGGACGAGUAUAAAGAUCAAUUCGUUGCCUUCAGACAGGACGUGGACUCGGGUGUUGCUCUGCACAAUGCCUCCGCUGCGGAUCGUACGUCCGUUAAGGUUGACGGUGUAUCAAUCAAGGUCUAUGAUAUUGGUUUGCAGCAACAGUUUCAGGUGGAAGAACAGAGGCUUCAAUCGCUUGAGAAACAAUUGGAUCCAAUCAAGUCAGACACGUUUGGCCGACCACGUUGCCUUAAGGACACACGAACCGGAUAUCUUGACAAAAUCAAGGCAUGGCUGCAUUCGCCUUCAACGGAGACAAAUAUACUCUGGCUUAACGGAGUUGCUGGGUCUGGAAAGAGCACUGUCGCUACCUCCAUUUUGGACUACUGUGACAGUGGCUCCUGCUUAGCAGCGUUUCUUUUCUUCGAACGGGGGAAAUCAGAGCCUAAAUCCAUUAUUAGGACGAUUGCUUACCAACUCGCAGCGUUCAAGCCGGAACUUGCCGCACUCAUUAUUCCUGCUGCGAAGAAACUAAGCAAUAUUACCGGUUCCACGCUCAUGACGCAAUUCGAGACGCUUCUCUUGGAACCAUUAAAGGCUUUUGUUGAUCCUGUCAAGGAUCCGAUAGUUAUCAUUCUCGAUGCGCUGGACGAAUGUGGAACAGCGGGGCAACGGCAAGAGAUCUUAGAGCUACUGAAAGUCGACUUUGCACAGUUGCCGAUGUCAUUCCGCUUUUUCGUUACGAGUAGACCGGAAAACGAUAUUCUCAAGUCCCUUUUGUCCAGAUCACAUAUACACGAGAUCAAGCUAGAGCCCGCUUCAAUCGAAAGCCAGAAAGACGUUCGGGCUUACAUGGAUAAAGAGAUGCGCGAGGCGGUGGAGGACCUGGUGCUUGAUGAGUCCGCGUGGCUAAAUAAGAUGGAUAAACUUAGUCGUGCUGCUGACGGUCUGUUCAUCUGGGCGUCGACGGCGAUUAAGGUUGUUUCCAAUAGCGAUGAUCCAUUUAGAAAACUUGAUGAGCUCGUGUCUGAUAUCCGUUCGCUCAACGGUCUCGACAAUCUGUAUGCUACAGUGCUGGAGCAGUCGGGAAUCGCAUGGGAAGAUCCGAAGUCUGUUGAACAGUUCGGGAAGGUCCUCGGGCUGAUUCUUUUCGGAAAAGAGCCUGUUUCUGGUGAUGAUAUUAACGAUAUCUUGAACCUUGGAAAAGGGAAGUCGCACCUGACGCUCCAGAGAUUGCAUUCUGUUCUCUCCUAUGAGCCUGGGAAACCCGUGCGGUUGCAUCACGCAUCGUUUGCCGACUACCUUUUGUCAGCCGAGCGCUCGGGUAAUGGACGAUGGUUUAUUGACACUAAUGUUCAGAGACACACACUUGCGGCUCGAUGCUUCGACGUUAUGAAGCAGUCGCUACGUUUCAAUAUAUGCAAUCUGGAGACGUCGUUUAUUCGUAACGAUGAUGUUCCUGACCUCAAGGAUCGGAUUACAGAGAACAUACCAUCAUAUCUUCUAUAUGCUUGCCGGUUCUGGGCCGAGCAUCUCCGCGACAUUCCGUAUUCUGUGGACGUCGCAUGCAAACUAACAGAUUUUGCAAACAAAUACAUGCUGUAUUGGUUUGAGGUGCUCAGUCUGACGAAGCAAUUUAGUCGCAUUUUCGGUCGAGCGCUCCUGAAUGCUGUCAUGUGGACUUCAGUGGACAAUAGCGAUGUUUCAUCGUUUUUGUGGAAUGCCUACAAGUUGGCUGUCAUUUACUCCUUGCCGAUUUCGCAAAGCGCUCCUCACAUCUAUCUCUCUAUGCUUUCCUUCUCGAAAGAGGAUUUUGAUGUAUCGAAAAAUUUCUCCGAGUCUCAUCCCAUUAUCCAGACUUACCGAUCAGGAACUAAGACGAUGACCACAUGUAUUAAAAUCUUCAGUGGUCACACAGGCGAUGUCAACUCAGUUGCGUUUUCACCCGACGGGAGGCGGGUCGCCUCUGGCUCAGACGAUUUGACGAUUCGUAUUUGGGAUGCCGAAAGUGGUGAGGUUGUUGCGGAUCCAUUUGAAGGACACACAAACUGGGUCACGUCUGUUGCUUUCUCAUCGGACGGGAAGCGCGUCGUUUCUGGGUCACGCGAUAAGACGGUUCUUAUUUGGAAUGUUGAAACUGGGGAGAUUGCCAUGGGCCCGCUUGAAGGGCACAUGGAUGACAUCACUUCUGUCGCUUUCUCGUUGGACGGGAAAUGGGUUGUCUCUGCUUCAAAUGAUUGCACGAUUCGUGUUUGGAAUACUGAAAGUGCGGAGGUCGUUACAGGUCCGUUUGAAGGGCAUACAGAGAGUGUCGUAUCUGCCGUUUUCUCGCCUGAUGGGAGGAGCAUCGCCUCUGGCUCAGCUGAUUGCACGAUCCGUAUUUGGAAUACUGAAGGCAGGAAGGUCGUUGCAGGCCCGCUUAAAGAACACAGAGAUUAUGCUCCGACGAUUGCACAAUUUGUGUUUGGAAUGCUGAAAGUGGCGCACACAAACUGUGUCGUAUCUGUUACUUUCUCACCUAACGGGAGGCGCAUUGUCUCUGGCUCAUGGGAUUGCACGAUCUGUAUAUGGAAUGCUGAAAGCGGUGAAGUUAUUGCAGGCCCGUUUGAAGGGCACACAAACUGUGUCAUGUCUGUUGCUUUCUCACCUGAUGGGAGGUGCAUUGUUUCCGGCUCACGGGAUGGCACGAUUCGCAUUUGGGAUACCGAUGCUAUCGAAGGUACACCGAACAAACAAAAUGGGCACACCAAUACUGUAGCUGCACUCAGUUUUUCACCUUGCGGAAAGCAUGUGGCUUCUGGUUCAUACGAUUGCACAAUCCGGGUUUGGCAUGCCGAGACUGACGAGUUAAUCGUGGGCCCGAUUAAAGGACACACAGACUAUAUAUUAUCACUUGGUUUUUCACCCAAUGGACGGCAAAUAGUCUCCGGUUCAAACGAUCAUAUAAUUCGGAUUUGGGAUGCCUUUAGUGGGAAGAUUGUCUCAGGACCGUACGAAGGACAUACAGGUGGCAUCACCUCUGUUGCUUACUCGGCUAAUGGCACUCGCAUUGUCUCUGGCUCCCACGAUAACACUGUUUGUAUAUGGGACGUGGAAACGGGUAGCAUUGUAUUUAAAAGGAAAGCAAGUGUUUCCACUACUACUUUCUCUCCUGAUGGACGGUUCAUUGUUGGCAGCUCAGUUUAUGACAAUGCCAUCCAGGUCUGGGAUACUGAAACUGGCGAGAUUGUGCCUGGUCAAGACAGAGCCCAUUUAGAUUAUGCUAGAUCUACUGAAUAUUCGUAUGAUGGAAAGUAUGUUGUUGGCGGAUCUUAUUCCCGCACUCUUAAGGUCUGGGACAUUGCAACCGGCAGUGUUAUAUGGGGUCCAGUUGAAGGACAUACAGACUAUGUUAGGUCGGCUGCCUUCUCUCCUAAUGGGAAGCACAUUGCCUCUGGUUCUUGGGAUGGGACAAUUUGUAUUUGGGAUAUUGGAACCACUGCCUUCCAGCGGGAUAAUGAUCCAUCAGAGGGGCUGACAAACAUACCAAGGACAAUCCGUGGUGAAACCAGUACAACACUCCCAGAUGAGUAUACUACUCCAAACUGGACCAUGUCCAAUGAUGGGUGGAUCAUUGGUGAGCGAGGCGAGUUGCUUAUAUGGAUCCCCCCCGAUCAGCGCACCAGCGUUUUGCGUCCUCACAAUAUAGCCAUUCCUGGCGCCCCAUUUACUACAAGAUUAGAUUUCGCCAAUGCACCAAUCGGUACAAAAUGGACCGAAGGAUUUGGUACAAAACACUAGUUACAGUAGGAUUAUGUCGUAAGAACUCCCCUGGUUAAAUUAUUUUACGUCCCAAC